UAUUUCAUACGUAAAAAAAGGCCGACUAUUAUACAUGCCCUUGGCAGGAUCCGAGCGUUCCAAUGCACAUGGGCGGAUAGCAUGCCACAGUCGUCAAUAGCCAGCGGCUCUCCACGAUCCGGUGAUCUCCAGUUCUCUUCCCCAUUCACCAACCAGACUUUGUGGGGUAACGUUGAUGGACGAGACGAGACGGAUCGUAUUUGCAAGCCGUGGUCUCGACUCCACCACUUCCUCCUCUCUCCUCUUGAUGAACCCGUAAGAACAAGGACGACGACGACGACACAAUGGGUCUCCGCGCCAGCAAGAUAGCAGCCACACAGCCCGAAGGCGCGCCUCGCUUCUGGUACCGCGACAACUUCUUCGUCACGACGGACAAGUCGUAUCUUCGAGCAGACGAUGUGAACAAGGUGUUUGCCUCUGAUCUCAUGUGGUGGAACGAGGCCAUCGAGCCGGCACAGAUGGACAAGAUGCUCAAAAACUGCCUGACGCUCAGCGUCUGGUGGGUCCCGGAGACAGCAGACGACAUGCAAAAACACGGAGCCCCCCGACGAAAGGCAGGCAAGGACUUGAAGUUUGCUGGCUUCGCCCGCCUCGUCACCGACUAUGUCAGCUUCGCGUACCUGACCGACGUCUUCAUCCUGCCCGACUUUCAACGCAGGGGUCUCGCCUCGUGGAUGAUGCGCAGCGUCAAGGAGAUGGUCGACGAGUGGCCCGACCUGCGGGGUUUGAUGCUCAUGACCCACGACCAGCCCGCGGCUGACAUGUACAAGAAGACGCUGGGGGCCGUCGAUUUCGAAAAGGGCCCGUCGGCGGGGCUGACAAUGUUGGAAAUGGCGGGGCGCGCGGAAAAGGGCAUUCCUGAGGAUCAUUGAUCGAUCUGGCUAUGGACUGGGC